AUGUCUGAAUACGAUAAAUACCAAACUCCGUUAUCCUCUAGAUAUGCCUCUGAGGAAAUGUCCCAGAUUUUCUCUUUGAGAAACAGAUUCUCUACAUGGAGAAAAUUGUGGUUGAACUUGGCCAAAGCUGAAAAGGAAGUUGGCCUUAGUGUGAUUACGGAUGAGGCAAUUGAAGAGAUGUCAAAGCAUUUGGAAAUCACCGAUCAAGAGAUUAAAGAUGCUGCUGUUGAAGAAGCCAAAGUGCGUCACGAUGUCAUGGCCCACGUCCACACAUUUGGUGAAACAUGUCCCAAGGCAGCAGGUAUCAUCCACUUGGGUGCAACAUCUUGUUUUGUUACAGACAAUGCCGACUUGAUCUUUUUGAGAGACGCUUACGAUGUACUUAUCCCCAAAUUGGUCAAUGUCAUUGACAGAUUGAGCCAAUUUGCAUUGACUUACAAGGACUUGCCAGUUCUUGGAUGGACCCAUUUCCAACCAGCCCAAUUGACCACCGUUGGUAAGAGAGCAACAUUGUGGUUGCAAGAAUUGUUGUGGGAUUUGAGAAACAUGGUUAGAGCAAGAAACGAUAUCGGUUUGAGAGGUGUUAAAGGUACCACCGGUACUCAAGCCUCGUUUUUGGCUCUUUUCCAUGGCGACCACGACAAAGUUGAAGCUUUGGACAAGAGAGUCACUGAGCUCUUGGGCUUUGAUAUCGUUUACCCAUGCACUGGCCAAACAUACUCACGUAAAAUAGAUAUCGACGUUUUGGCCCCACUUGCUUCAUUUGGUGCCACUGCCCACAAAUUUGCUACUGAUAUCAGGUUAUUGGCCAACUUGAAGGAAAUCGAGGAGCCAUUUGAAAAAUCACAAAUUGGCUCAAGUGCUAUGGCUUACAAGCGUAAUCCUAUGAGAUGUGAGCGUGUGUGUUCACUUGCUAGACACUUGGGUGGCUUGUUCAAUGAUGCUGUGCAAACAGCUUCCGUACAAUGGUUUGAAAGAACCUUGGAUGACUCGGCAAUUAGAAGAAUCAGUUUACCUUCUGCAUUCUUAACUUGUGAUAUCUUAUUGUCAACAAUGCUCAAUAUCACUUCGGGAUUAGUUGUAUACCCAAAGGUUAUUGAACGUAGAAUUAAUGCUGAAUUGCCAUUUAUGGCCACUGAAAAUGUCAUUAUGGCUAUGGUUGAAAAAGGUGGCUCGAGACAAGACUGUCACGAAGAGAUUAGAGUGCUUUCGCACCAAGCUUCUGCCGUCGUUAAGCAGGAAGGUGGCGAUAACGAUUUAAUUGAAAGAAUUAAAAAGACUGAAUACUUUAAGCCAAUUUGGGACCAAUUAGACGAGUUGUUGGACCCAAAGACUUUUGUCGGUAGAGCUCCUCAACAAACCGAAAAGUUUGUCAAGAAUGAUGUUGCCGAGGCUUUGAAACCAUUUCAAAAAUACAUUACAAAAGAAAAUGUUGCAUUGAAAGUUUAA